AGAAACCAAACACAGUACCAUAAACCCUAAGUACAAUACGAGGAAGUUUCCACUUUUCAGUUUCAUUCAUCACAACAAUAAUCUUUGUCGAUGCAUGCAUGGCUGAAGUUUACACUCUAGUUGUCAGGAAACCCUGUUUUGAUCUUCCAACCGGUUGCCCACAAUGUCUCUCUGCUUUCAUCUAUCUCAAUUUCGCUAAAAUUCCUUUUCAAUUGAAUUUUCACCUAAACGAUCCACAUUCUGAUAAAAUUCCUUACAUUGAGGUUGGUGAUGAUUAUGUGGCAUAUGAUAAUGAGAAUGGAGGGAUUAUUGAGUGUUUAAAGAAAGAUGUUGGUGUUGUUGAUUUAGAUAGUGAAGUUUCUUCACUUCCUGAUUGGGUAUCAAUCAAAGCAAUUAUCACUACUUGGCUUCAUGAUGCACUUGUCUAUGAACUUUGGGUUGGAUCUGAAGGUUCAUCUGCUUAUAGUAUAUAUUAUUCUGAUCUUCCUUGGCCUAUUGGGAAGGUUCUGUCUUCGAAGAAAGCUCGUUGGGUGAAAUCUAAACAUGGGAUAACUGAUGACAAUGCUGUAGUCAAGCAAGAAGAGAUUUAUGCCAGGGCAGGCUAUGCUUAUGAUACUCUAUCAAAAUUGUUAGGUGAAAAGAAUUACCUAUUCGAGAACAGCCCAUCAAGCUUGGAUGCUAUUUUUCUCGCACAUGGACUUGUUGUUCUUCAAGCUUUACCGGAAUCUUCAGCAUUGCGGGUCAAAUUUUCGGAACAUGAUAAUUUAGUUAAAUAUGUGCAAAAAUGUAAGUCUGAACUUAUAGAAGCUGGUCCACAUCCUCAUACAGAUGCGUCACCAUCGGGCUCCAGAAGUCAAUCAACCAAGAGACCAAAGCCUAAGAGCGUACCGAAAAGGGAGAAAUCAGAGGCGGAGAAAACCUUUAAAAGGAGGGGAAGCUAUUUUGUGGCAGCACAGUUAGUUGCAGUUGUUGUUUUUCUCACACUUAUGGUGACAUUUGAUGGUACUGAAGUGGAGGUAGAAAAUGAUGUUGAUGGAGAUUUUUGAUCUAUAGGACCUAAGAGUGAAUAAGGAUUCACUGAUUUGUUUAUUUUCUUCUCAGUUCAUUCAUUAAUUCAUUACUAUUUACAUAUGGUCCAAUGUUUUUGUAUACAUAAGUUGAUCAAACCGAUUCAUCAUCGAAUAAUAAAAUGUUGAUUUUACCGA